AUGGCGGAGCCGGCGCUGGAGCCGGAGCCCGGGGCAUGCUGGAGGCAGAGCGCGGCGGCGAUCGGCGAGGCGAAGCCCGCAGAGGAGAAGCCGGAGGACAACCAGCUGGAGGAGAAGGACGACGCCAAGCCAAAAGAAGCCGAAGCCAAUGGCUGCCACGAGGCUGACGAAGUUUCGUCCUUGUCCGCCGGGGCCGACGAAGCCGACGAGGCUGGGUUCGAGAUCUGCGAGGUCCUGGAGGCGCCCCUGGGCGUGCUGGCAUUCGGCCCGGGAGGCGGGCGCGGGGGCUCCGAGGAGGACCCGUUCCUGGAGUUCGGGAACGCUUACGAGGACGGCGCGCCCUUCGCCUUCAAUGUGCCGGCCUACGCCUGCGCCGAGGACUGGCCAGAUGAGCCGCUCAUGUGCGAAUUCGCGGACAAAGCGGUCAUGCUGACCAAAGCUGCGAUGAUGGGAGACAGGAGGACGUUCGUGCUGCUGGAGGCGGCGAGCAGCCCGGCGGAGUGCGCGGAGCUCGGUGGACGCGUGCUGCCGAGAGACCAGCACGACCAGGCGCUGCUGAUUGUCGGAUUGGUCCUGGCGUUCCGGGCGUACCUCGGGAUCGCAGGCUUUGUUGGACAGGAGUUGUGCAAGUUGUUGCUGCAGCCAGGGAGUCCUGGACUCGUUCGUUGGAGUGGAAGUUCUCCUAAUCGGGAGAAAGUCGAAGAAGUGAUUAUCUUCGACAUUCCUGGCGCCUUCGACGCAUGGAGGGAGACGGACUUGCUCAAAGAUCCUCGGAUCAAAUGCGUUACUGGCAGCAUCGAAGACCGUGCGACGAUGAAUGGCCUCAUUGUAGAUCCAGGCAUGUCGGUGUUCCAUCUGGCUGGCAUCAUGAGUGGUCAAGCCGAGCAAGAUUUCGACCUCGCGAUGCGCGUGAAUCUUGACGGCACGCGCAACGUGUUGGAGGCAGCUCGAGCGUUGGCAGGCAGGGGCGGCCGAUUGGUACGCAUUGUCAACGCCUCUUCGGGUGCGACAUUCGGCGAGACUGCAGACCGACCGGUCAGCGACGAGACGAAGCAGGUGCCGUUGAACACCUACGGCAUGACCAAGUGCGUUGGUGAGUUAUUCGUGAAUGACUUUACGCGGAAGGGCUUCGUGGACGGUUGCUCUGCGCGGCUAGCCACGGUCGUUGUGCGCCCAGGCAAGCCCAACGCUGCAACGACCAGUUGUUUCAGCGGAGUCGUGCGCGAGCCCUUGAGCGGCGUCGACGUAGCGUUACCCGUGGACCGAUCGUUGCCGCACGCAUGCUCCUCGACACGGUCGUUGGUUUCGAACCUCAAAGCGUUGCACGAUGCGAAUUUUGGCCAACCAGGCAAAGCGCCAGUGGAUAGAGGCGUCUGCAUGCCUUCGAUCUCAAUUACGCUUCAGGACUUGAUCGAUGGAAUGAUGCGUGUGGUGCCUGGUGACCAGCACCAUAGGCUUGGUAAAAUCACCGAUACCAUCGAUCCGUUUCUGUCAAAGGUCGUAGGCGGCAUGGCUGUGAAACAAAUCAUGCAUCACAAAGCCUUAGCGCUUGGCCUCACCGAGGUGCCAGAUGUAGACACGAUUGUGCGCGAGUACAUCGAAGAUUUCGGUGAUCAAGCAAAAGUUGUGGUUACAUUGCCCACCAGUCGGACGGCUACGGGGGAGUCUCCGCUCAAACGCUUACGGCCAGCAAAUGCCAUGCCAGUGAAAGUUGCAGUCGUUACGGGGGCUGGCAGUGGCGUCGGUCGUGCAUCCGCCAUUGCUCUUGCGAAGUCAGGCAACUUCUCGUGUGUGGCACUCGCGGGGCGAAGGAGGGAAGCUCUGGAGGAGACCGUUGCCUUGAUAAACAAGGAGGCAGCACAUGUUGAGGUCGCAGCUGUCACGUGCGACGUUUGCAAGUGUGCAGACGUCGAGAGGCUGUUCAAGGAGGUGGAGCAUCGCUUUGGUCGCUGCGACUUGUUGUUCAACAACGCGGGUACAGGGGUGCCUCCAACACCGAUGGAAGACGUGUCAGUUGAGGCCUUCAAGCGAUGCAUCGACGCCAAUGUGACAGGCACAUUCCUGUGCACCCAGCAAGCUUUCAAGCUCAUGAAGUCGCAGAAGCCUCGCGGCGGCAGGAUCAUCAACAACGGAUCUGUGUCGGCUGAUCGGCCGCGACCCAUGUCUGCCGCAUAUACGGCUUCGAAGCACGCCGUCACAGGGCUGACAAAGUCGACCGCCUUGGACGGCAGGCCCUUCGACAUUGCCUGCGGGCAGAUCGACAUCGGUAACACUUUGACAGACAUGUCCGCGCCUCUCGGCAAAGACAGGGGGGCACUGCAAGCCACGGUGGACGGCAGCGAGCGGAGGCUUGUAGAGCCUUUAAUGGACGUUUCGAACAUUGCGAACAGCGUUGUGCACAUGAGCUCGUUGCCGCUUGAUGCCAACGUCUUGUUUAUGACUGUGAUGGCUACGAAGAUGCCGCUUGUGGG